UGCUAAUCAUGUGCAUUCAUAGGCCUUACAAGAUGUGGAGCUCAUCGACAUCAGCCGAGGCCAUUCGCGCAUAACUCGUUUCUCGAAUGAUGCAAACUUUAUCCACUGAAAUUCGAGCUGCAUGGCUUUUAUACGCCGUCACGAUAGGGAGCAAGGAGUAGCCUUUUUCUUCCACAAUAUGGACGUAAGAUGAAGUUAAACUCAAUGUUACUUUCUACAACAUUUUGGUAGUUUCUCGAUGCAACACUUGUAAGAAGUAGGCAAAAUUGUCCUGGCUUGUUUGAGGUUUAGUUCUCCGCUUCUAAAAAGCUGGAAUAUCUUUAUCAUGAAACGUCUUGUUCUCCCAGCCUUCGUAAUGACAGGCCGAAGUCUCCACAGACUUGGGAUUUUCAUAAAACAUCCUUCGACCAGAUCAAGCCACAACCAACUUGGUGGCAUUGGACUUUGAAAAAAGAUACUGUAUACGUCGCUCAGAUGGUCGAGCAAGCUCAAAGCGUCCAAACUGUUCACAAGAGAAAGUUGUCACUUUUGCCACAGUUUUCCAGCAGUGGGAAGAAGGCAUCAAAUGUUUCGUGCCCAUGUGAUGAAGAGCUUAUGAUGGCGCUGGUCAUACUUCCGCUUGUGCGUACACGAAAGUCAGCCUGUUUUGGUGGAAAGCUUAUCUGGCUUGGACUUGAAAUCUCCAUGAAAUGUUUUGCAGCGACAAGGCUGAGCAUCAUGUCCAUCCUUUUUUCCCUAGGAAGGAAAAAAUGGUCCACCGAGGAGAAAAAGAAUGGGGAUAUAUUCCGGAGCCGAGACGCACUGAAGUAUGCACGAGGCGAUUGAGGAGCACGUCUUGAGUCUUGACGAAUGUUCUAUCUCCUUGAUGUGCCCUGAUAGUCAAUUUGCAGCAGACUUCUCUUGCCCAGCUCGCUUGAAAUCUACAAGUGCAUGACAUAGUGGGAACAGCCUUCACCAUUGCUCCGGUUCAUGUUGCUACUAGCAACAGUUACCAGUAAAUUAAUGAUUGCAUCAGGACCAAGCCUUAUUUGUAUUAGAGAACAGCUGAAUUCCCGUCUACAUACUUUGCAAUCAUGAGAUUCUACAUACGACUGAAGAAGUAAAUGAUG